CAGUGACCAUGCAGGCGCCCAUGUGGCUGCUAACCUCGCUCCUGUGCCUCUCGCUCCUCCUGGCACAUGGCUACCAAAAAGAAAUAGUUGGCAUCAUGGGAGAAAAUGUUACUUUUCCAGUACAAAUAGACCAAAAAAUAGUGGAAAUUACCUGGAAGAAAAGCAAGAAUAAAGUGGCUGAAUGGGAAUAUCCAUACAAGCCAACAUAUUUUGGUCAUCUUGGCAACAGGAGUGUACUUAUGGAGAAUGGAUCCUUGACUAUAGUUAACUUGGAGAAGGAUGAUGCUGGCAUAUAUGAGUUAGUGUACUGGGAUUCUGUGAACGAACACCAGUUAAACUUCAAACUUGUGUUAGAUUCUCUUCCAAAACCUGAAAUAAAUUGCAGCACCAGUGAUGAUGAACUUGUAUUAAACUGUACAGCAAAUUUUCAGGGAUCUCUGACUUACACUUGGAAGCUCAGUAACAAUCCACACAGAUACCAGAACCAGGAGCUUUCCAUCCCUUUGAAGAAUGUUGAUAUUACCACCAACGCUACGUGUAUCAUUAAAUAUUCACAAACAGAAAGGAGCUCUGAAAUCUCUUUGAUUCAAUGCCUUCCAGAAGAAAAAGGAGACAGUUAUCACAAACGACAUAGACGUAUUCUUAUUUCCUUCCUUAUUGUACCUGUUAUCCUACUGGUAAUCCUAGAAUUCCUGCGCAGGAAAGGUAUAAUUAAACUUGGAAGAAAGACUGCUCAGAAUAAUAGUCCAGUGAAUGGCUCAGGAGAGCACGAGCAACUUUACCCUGGGAACAGCCAACAACAAUCUAACUCAGAGAGAGACAGAGCAUUGAAUGAGAAUGACAUGAAAGACAAGCAGAUAGUUAAGAAUGGUGUAAAUCAGGAAGAAGCGACCCAGGAUGCAGAAGGUGAAAAUGGGGUGCACCUGGACAGCUCUUCCAACGGUGCUAAAGAACAUCUUAAAGCAUAAGCAAAUGAUUGCUUUGUUGUCCAAACAAACAUGGAAGACAAACAGGAGAAUUCAGUGAUGAAGGAGGUGCUACCUUUUCCCUUCCACAAGCAAUGAAGUUGUCAGAGCUUCAUCAAGAAGCCCUUUGAAGACAGGCUGAACUGUUUCCAGUGCCUAUUUUUCUUUCCUCAGGAAAAACAACAUCCUUUUUUAGUUUUACUAUGUGAGGACAAAUAGGCCAAAUCAUGGAAAAAAUGUUUUGAAUUAUUUUUUACAUGCUUUUAACAAACCAUUUGGUUUAUUAAAAAGUCCUAAAAGUUUAAAAAAUAUUUGUUUGUUAUAUGGUUUGUUUUAUGAGGUUUUUCUACUAACACACUAAAGCCUCUUUGUAGUUAAUAUUUAGAGAUUUACAAAGUUAUAUAUAUUUGCAUGAAUGUGAACAAUCAAAAACUGAUCAGCUUUCACUUUUUUAUCAGUACCUUUUUACAGUCAGAAAAAAAAACUUCAUCCUUCAACAGGCCCAGAUGGUGGAAGUUUGCAUAUUCUAGUCUUGGUUCUAGACAAAGCUAUGUCCUAGAUUUGCCAGAUGCCUGGCAAAUGGAUCAUCUCCUGACAGUGGUUCAUUCUGUGAUAAAACUACAUUUCAGCUUGUUGUUGCAAAGCUGUUAUUAACAGCAGGUUUGGGCUUUUCCUAAAGCUUUUUAUAUUUUUUAAACUUUUAGGACUUUUUAAGCCUUUGCUCUUCAUAUUUUUCGAAGAAUGUCAUCUGACUCCUACUCAUUCCUAGGAAAUAAUAGUAUGUUUUUAAGUUGCUUGAGACUAGAACAAAAACUUGAAAACUGAGGUCGUGUAUAUAAUUAAAUUUAAAAAGAAUCAAAAAGAAAACCACCAUGCAUUAAGAACACCAUGCUUUCAGAACAUCAAUUUAUGGGGUGUUUUUCAUUAUGUUUACAUGUUGGCUGUUUGUGAAACUUGAAAGCCAGUUUAGUUCAUUUUGAACCUGGUAUGUGUAAAGAAUCAUGUAGCUCUGACACUGGUAACCAAAGAUCAGAAGACACUGGUAACCUGCAGCUUUCCGCUUGUUUUGAUUUUUGCCCUUUCCACUCCCACAAUUUCUUCUUCUAUAUGCACCCGUACUGCAUGAGUGAUCAGCUUGUAUACUGUAUACUGUAUAUUUGUAUGUAAAAAUGUUCAAAAGUCACUUUUGAUAGGACCUUUUACAUGUACUUCUCUCUGUAAAUAUUUGUAAUUUAUUAAAAAAACCAUUCAAGAUGUAAAAAACAUUGUCAUAUCUUUUUGUAAUAUAUACAUGCAUUUUUUAAUUUAACCUUAAAAGUUACUAACUGAUCCCCAAAAUAAUAAUAAUAAUAACCAAAGUGAUGUAUUUUAUACAGGCUUUUUUAUUUGUUUGUUUGGUUGCUGUGUUUUGUGGGGGUCAGUAUUCCUGACCCAAGUGUCCUUUUCCAUUCUACCUUCAAUAAAUUUAUCAGGAUA